AUGACCCCAGACACCGAGAGAAGCCUUACUCUGCCGCCGCUGAGAUUUCCCGGUGCGAGCACGUCCAAACCCGAUUCACCAGGUCUCAGAUACAAUAUGCCAGCACCCACAGCAAUGAAGAGGACAUUCAGCCCCGGCUCCUCUAUCCAAGAGACAUCCUUGAAAGAUGGGGCUCGACCUGGGAUGCCUCCUGCCCAUUGUCCACCACCACCCCCUCCGAGUGGUAGCGAUAUUAUCGAACCGGAUGUCAGUGGCGAUGGGGAUGACGACGAUGAAGAGGCGGAGUUAUUCGCCGAUGCAUUGAUAUACACGCGGGCGGACGGUACCAAAAGCUACAGAUACCGUCCUGGAACCAGUUAUUUUCGGUAA